AAGGAUUUUAUCCCCGAUGGACUCUUUUAACACUUAACUUCUCAGUAAACUUUUCCUUCUUUUAACCCUGCAUCCAACCGGCCCUGCCAGCCAUCAUCCGAUUAACUGCCUCCGCUCUGUCAAACCCAAACCUGCUUCAGAUGGAUCCUUUGCUCCAGAGGAGUCUUUUGCUCUCCCACUGUUGAAGGCUGUCUGUGAGCGUUCUGCUCAUCCAAGCGCAUGUGUGUGUUUCAUAGGCUGUCUGCCUGUUGCUGUGUACAGUGGAGCGUGUUCAUGGGCUUUGAGGAGCGGCUGCUCUAUGAACCAACAGCACAACACUCUCUAGACUCUGCAACUAUCAAUAGUCACCGUUUAUUGCUGGAGGGACUGAGCACUCUAUAGAUUCUGGAUAGUCAAUCAAGUAUUCCAGUUCCGAAGAGUCUCUGCUUUUCUGUUUUCAAGUGGAGCCUUUGUCCAAUGGACUUUGAGCCAAUCCUAUUUUGUUUGUCCUGAGUGAUGGGUGCUCUCCCAGGGCCUCGCUCAUCCUCUCUCCCCCUGCUGUGGUCGUGUCCCGGGGGAAACCAAAAGAGAUAGACGGAUCAAACAAAAUCAAACCUGCAUGCAUGCGUCUACGUACCAUGGAGGUCAUCCUCAACCUGGUUUCAGCUGAAACCUCUUCUCUUCCCAUUCCCACCACUAUCGACCGGCUGGAGGUGAGCGGGCUUGGCCAAACACCCCUGGCUGUUUCCUGUGGGGCGGACAGUUCAUUCCCAGGAGGUGAGGAUGGCACCCCAGACCCUCAGCGGACGAAGCAGGCCAUCGCUCAGCUGCAGCAGAAAAUCCUCAAACUCACAGAGCAGAUUAAGAUCGAGCAGACCGCCAGGGAUGACAACGUUGCAGAGUACCUCAAACUGGCCAAUAAUGCUGACAAACAGCAAAGCACACGCAUCAAACAGGUUUUUGAGAAAAAAAAUCAGAAGUCUGCGCAGACCAUCCAGCAACUGCAGAGGAAACUGGAGCACUAUCACCGGAAGCUGCGGGAAGUGGAGCACAACGGCAUCCCUCGCCAGCCAAAGGAUGUUCUGCGGGACAUGCAGCAAGGCCUGAAGGAUGUGGGAGCCAAAGUCACAGGCUUCAGCGAAGGCGUGGUGGACAGCGUAAAGGGCGGACUCUCAAGCUUCUCCCAAGCCACCCACUCUGCCGCAGGGGCUGUUGUCUCCAAACCUCGCGAGAUCGCCUCGCUCAUUCGUAACAAAUUUGGCAGCGCUGAUAACAUCCCUUCGCUCAAAGACUCUCUCGAUGACCCUUCGGUCGAAGAAGCUGUGACGGGAGCUGGCGGACAUUCCCUGGGCAUUGCUGGGCAUCACCUCCAGCCCAGUCCCAAGUACGGUAGUGAGGACGACUGCUCUAGUGCUACUUCAGGCUCUGCAGGGGCCAACAGCACCACAGGGGCCCCUGGAGGUCCACCCAGUUCCAAGGGCAACACGUUAGAGAGGAGCCAGAGCUCCAGCCUGGACAUGCUUUUGCAGGAGGUGCAAGACCUGAGGGAGGGCCAGUCAAGGCUAGAGGAGAGCCUGGAUGGUUUGAAGAGCCACUAUCAGAGGGACUACUCGGUUGUUUUGCAAGCACUGCAGGAGGAACGCUUCAGGUGUGAACGUCUGGAGGAGCAGCUGAACGAUCUCACAGAACUUCACCAGAACGAGAUCCUCAACCUCAAGCAGGAGCUGGCGAGCAUGGAGGAGAAGAUCGCCUACCAGUCGUAUGAGAGGGCCAGAGAUAUCCAGGAGUCGUUGGAGGCCUGUCAGACCAGGAUUUCUAAGAUGGAGCUCCAGCAGCAGCAACAGCAGGUCGUCCAGUUGGAGGGGCUGGAAAAUGCCACGGCCAAGACCAUCCUGGGAAAACUUAUCAAUGUGCUGCUGGCCCUUAUGGCCGUCCUUCUGGUCUUUGUCUCAACUGUGGCCAACUGUGUGGUGCCCCUGAUGAAGACACGCUCGCGGUCGAUCUCCACUCUCCUCCUCAUCCUCCUGCUGGCUUUUUUGUGGAGAAACUGGGACGCUCUCUCAGGGUACACGCACCGUGCCCUGCAGCCUCCAGGAUGACUAGAUCCCAGUCAGCAUUUGUUGCUCUGAUGACCACCAUGUGUUGUAACUGUAGCUGCAGUAAUGCAGGAAGUUUGAGGAACGCGGUUUCCUGUAGGAUGGCCAUGUGGCACUGCGCUGAAAACUGGGCUGAGCACAUUCAGACACUCUGGAAUCAAGAAAAGAGGAAGACGCAGAGUGAAGUUGAGAAUGAUCGCUGUUUAGGAAGGACAAGCCUGUUUACCUUUUUGAAAAUGAACUGUUGUGUUGCUACACCUCAAAAAAAUGCAGCAUUGUACUGUUUUUAUCUUUAGAGUUUAAUCAAUUAUAAUGUUAUUAUUGCUAAUAAUAUUAUUUUUAUUUGUAAUGUUAUUUUAUUCAGUACCAUGUAGCAUUAAGCUCCUCUCACUCGACAGGGAGGGGAGACUAGUCAGGAAACUGGGUUGGCUUCCUUGUAAAGGCCCAGUCUAAUCUUAGAAACAUGAAAAUGUGAUUGUGUGGUUGAUUGCCUUUAGGAAGAGAAGUUUUACCUAGCUGUGAUUGGUAGAUUUGAACUAUGGCCGAAAACUUCCAAGAGUAAAUGGUGUGUUCCAUUUACCUCGAAUGUCGGAGCUGGAAUGACGUCACACCCGAGUUGUUUCACGUUCAGGAGCCAAGUCGGACGUCAACGUGGACGCCGCCAGGAGUACCUCUGUUGUGUUUGCUAAAUCCAGGCGAUAACGACACACUACGUCAUCAUUUGCGUGCGAUAGCAACAUGACAACAUGUCCACCGAUUGAACUUGCACGAUGAUUUUAUUCCACAAGACUACGCUGCUAAUAAAGACUUUAAUGUACAGCUUAACUUUACUGUUAAUGCACGGAGCAGCCAUGUUUGAUUUUAAACUCGACUACUGAAGUUCCUCUGCGAUUCCGAGUCAGAGUUCCAGCUUCAGAAAGCCUUCCUGAUGACUGUCUGACUGGCAACUCUCUGAAUUCCGACUUCCAAAUGGAGAUCAAGUGGAACGCACCAUGAGCCUUUUUUUUUUUUAUUUUGCUGUGAUGAAACGUUUUCAGACGGAACAUUUUGAAGGACUGGUCAUGACCUUUGUGUGUGUCAAGAUGGCUUGAGAGUUUUUGCGCUUCCUUACAAUUUCUAAUAGAAAAGUUCACAUGCUUCUAAUUAUUUCUCUUUGAGUUAAAAAAGAAACAAUUGUGUUGAGUCUGGGAGAAUAUCUGUGAAAUGCAAAGACACAAUGGGUGUUGCACACCACGUAAACACACAGCAAACAUCUGGUUGCUCCUAAGCAUCUGCCAACAAUGUUUUAUGUAAUUUAUUUAGAAAAUGACACAGAAACUGACUCUGCUUUAAAAGCAACCACAAAAGGCUGUUGUCCAAGUAAGAUCAAUUUGUCAGGAUAAUCGCCCCCCUGCCAUAUUUGAUGAGAUCUGGUUAGUAGGGAGAGAACUCUGGUGCUCAUCCAGCUCCUCUCAGUUGGAUUAGGAGUUCUGCUGCUUCAUAUCUACAGUGCUACUCGGCUCCACUGCCAUACCGUUUAAAUGCACACUGCCUAUAUGCGAUACUUUACUCCACAUCAGACUUUCUCCCUGCAAACAAUCUCUAUAGCUGUCCUUUCUUUUCUAUAGAUACACUAUCCCAUGGUGUAAUCACCCAGUGCCAAACCUUAGUCUACCGAGGGAUGCCUGAGCACCCAAAGGGUCCAAGGUCCAGAUUUUGCUUUUAACCAAUAUGUCAUGAAUGUCUUGCCUAGAUGUCAAGGAUGUGUCCUUUUUUUUUUUUUUUUUUUUAGAUGGACUAACUUUUCCAAGGGGAAAUCUAGUCGAGUAUCCACAAUGUGAAAAUGAAAUUGACUCCACAUCAGUGUCUCUGCACCUUGGCCCCCCAAGUACAGUUCCCUGGCUCAGCAUCCGGUCUUUCUUAAAAUAUCUAUCUGUCUCUCUCUUUUUUAUCUCAUCUUGUCACGGACACAACAAGAUGACCUAGCACAUUUCACAGUUCAUCAUGCAUUUUUCAAGCUGAGAGACUGAUUACCUAACUGAUAGUGAGAUCAUUUGAACUGUACAGCUGCACUUUAGCACACGGCUAGAUAACACAAAGGUCAGGCUGACGCUAGAGAAACCUUUGAUUGAGACUUCAAAGGUUGUCAAUCUUGGGACAGUAGUCAGUGCAAUAAGAGUUUAUUCUGGUUAUGAAUAAUGGACCCUCUGGUUGUCUUAAGAUAGAUCCCAACAGUUAGUUCAUUUUUAUGUUAAAAAAAACAUGAUUUAUCUUAAGUUGAACAUGCAUUCUAAAAAAUGAGUAGAUUUAAUUAUUACAAAAAAUGUUUUUAGAGUGGGCUGACCUUUGACCUCAGCCUGACCUUGCUGUAACACCAAUGAUGUAGGGUUGCGUGCUAAACCACUCCAGUGCCUUCUAAUGUCAUUUUCUAAGUGUGGGAUAAAUAAAGUGCAUUCCUGACU